UGAUGAGGCAGAGCAUGUCUGAUUACUGAGGGCUUGUCUCUUGUUCAUGUCUGAAUCACGUUGGGAGACUUUGGAUCGCUAUUUUCUUGCAGGGGAUUCUUGGAUGUGUCAGAAUUAGUCAGGCAGAAAGGCAAUAUAAGUUCACCGGGCAAGCACCUUUAUAGUGUACCUUUCUUCUUCUGCAAUAAACGUCCACAGUUAACUUGCUGCACAGAUUGAAGUUCUGAGUUGAAGAUGAAUACAUGUUUCUCACUGGCACUGACUAGCUUUAUUUUUAUUUCAUCCUAUGUGUCCAGCACCUACGUUUGGAAUGGUAGAAGAUAUGUAGAAUGCAACUGUAAUCGCAGGGCUUAUCAAUGUGAGUGGGACCCUAGACUAUACCAACAGACUGGAAGUGGUACGCGGUGUUUGAACUGUGUUGGUAACAGUGAAGGAAUACACUGCGAGAAAUGUAAGGAAAAUCACUACCUUCCAAGGCCAGGGGGUCACUGUCAGCCCUGCAGUUGCAACUCACUGGGUUCCACAGGUAGUGGCUGUGAUAAAUAUGGUCGGUGUAGGUGUAAACCAGAAGGUGUGCUUGGAGACAAAUGUGACAAAUGUCAGCCUGGCUUUUACUCAUUAUCCAGCACUGGUUGCAAACGCUGUACAUGUAAUAUGGCUGGCAUUACAGAAAUUUGUGACAUUGAAACAGGAAGAUGCACCUGUAAAUAUAAUGUGGAGGGGUCCAACUGUAACCGUUGCAAGUCGGGUUAUUACAACCUUCAUCCAGACAACCCCAUGGGUUGCUCAGCUUGUUUCUGCUUCGGACAUUCGUCAGUCUGCAAUGUGGAAGAUGGUUACAGGAAGGAUAGCAUCACCUCCACCUUUGAUUCAGAUACCGAAGGAUGGAAGGCACAGUACCGUAUGGGUGGCGAUCUCCCUCUGAUGAGAUCAUCAUCAUCACGUGACCUUAUCAUUGAGGCCAAAAACGAAUACCCAAUAUUCUUUAUUGCUUCAGCCAAGUUCCUGGGAAAUCAAGUGUUGAGUUAUGGACAGAACCUCUCCUUUACAUUCUAUGUGGAAAGUGAUGGUGCCUACCCAUCAGUAGAAGAUCUGAUCCUGGAAGGAGAUGGUCAGACACUGACUGCUCAAGUGAACGCACAAAAUAACGCAAUCCCUUCUACGAGAAAGCAGACAUACAACUACAGGCUCCAUGAGGGUUUGGAAUAUGGAUGGAAGCCAUUUCUGACUUCCUUUGACUUCCAGCGGGUGCUCAGCAACCUCAAAGCCAUCAAAAUCCGUGGUUCAUACAACAGGCAAAGUGCAGGGCACAUCGAUAAUGUGGUUCUCCACACAGCCCGACCUGGUGCUGGAAGCCCAGCUCAGUGGGUAGAGAAAUGUACAUGUCCAACAGGUUAUGAGGGACGAUUCUGUGAGAAAUGUGCAAGAGGCUACACGAGGCAAAGAAGCAAACUUGGAAGUUUUAGCAAGUGUGUGCUAUGCACCUGUCGAGGCUCAAGUGACACCUGCGACCCCGAAACUGGCUCCUGUUUCUCCAAUGAUCAUCCCAGAAAUUGCCCAAAAGGUUAUUACGCUGAUUCUUCUGAACCAAGUGGCUGUAGGAUUUGCCCCUGUCCAAGCGGUACAGGUUGCACUGUGACACCAGGAGCAACAGAGGUAGUGUGUGUGGGCUGUCCGGCAAAAACAAUGGGUAAGCGGUGUGAAAUGUGUGAGGAAGGAUACUUUGGUAACCCACAGGCAGGCAGAUCCUGCCAGCCUUGUACAUGCAACAACAACGUUGAUCCCAAUUCGCUUAGGAACUGUGACCAGUGGACUGGGGAAUGUCGGGAAUGCCUGUACAACACUGCAGGACGUCACUGUGAGAGAUGUAAAGAUGGCUUUUAUGGAAAUGCACUUGCCUCUAAUCCUACUGAAAAGUGCAAAUCAUGUAACUGUGACCUAAGUGGUUCCUGGUCCUUACAGUGCAGGAGUGAUGGAACGUGUGACUGCAAGUCAGGAGUCUUUGGCGAUAAGUGUAACCAGUGUGCAGGAGACACCUAUUACAAUAGCACCACAGGAUGCCAGCAGUGCCCAAACUGUUAUCAAGCAGUAAAAAGCAAGGUAUUGAAACACAAGAAUGUGGUUAGAGAUCUGGAAAUUUUAAUCUCAAAAGUGAAGGCAAAUGAGAACCCAUUGAAUGACAAGCAUUUUGAGGAAAGAUUGAGGAAAACAUCAAUCGUCCUCAGCCAAAUGAUGAUUGAAGCUAAAGAAAUUGAAAUCAUUGAUGAAAACAAUCUUAACCAAUUGGAAAACAUUAACAAGGAGCUGGGUACUGAGACAUUUAAUCUGGACAACAUCGGGAAAUCUGUUGAUGAGACUAGAAGGUUAACAAUAACAUAUGAAGAUCGUAUCCGAAAUACAGACAGGUUGCUAAGCAAUGUCAGGACAAAGAUCCAAGAAAGCAGGACAGAAAUGGGCCAGAUGCCGUUAUUGCCAACAGGUCCUGUUGGGGGCAGUAACCUGGUGGGUCUGGCACAUGAGGCUCGUAGAUUGGCAGAUAAGCAUAUGAGAGAUGCGGAUGACAUAGAACAGUUCAGCAAAACUGCCAACCAGUCAUCAUUUGAAGCCCUUGCACUAGUUACUCAAGUAAUCAAAGAUGAUCAGAAAACCACACAGUCCAUUAAUCUGCUAAAUCAGCUGUCUAAGCAAAUCCAUGAUAUGGCAGUGGACCUAGAUGAACAAGCAAACAGGAUAACCACAAAAGCCCAGAAAGCCAGUGAGAAGGCUCAGCGGAUUUACAAUGAACUGAACAACUUACCAGCAAUCGAUAUAACUGCCCUUGAGAAUGAGGCAGUUCAACUUCAGCUUCAAGAAAAUGCCAUAGGACUUGAACUAAAUGAAAAGCUUGAAUUACAUGAAAUAUUCAAGAAUAAUGUGAACGGUUUCAGGAGGAACAUCAGAAAAAUUUUGGACGAAGGAGAAGUAGAUCAAAGGACUGCUGACAUGUUACAGGCCAGAGCAAAUGCUGCUAAGUACCUGGCUGAAGAGGCUGUUAAAAAGGGGUCGUACACAUUGGAGCAAGUUGAUCGUAUCUUAAUUAAUAUAAGAGAUUUUAACACAAGAGUGCUCAGCAAUAAAACAGCUGCUGAAAAUGCUUUGCAAAGAAUACCUGAUAUCAUCAGGACCAUUGAUGGUGCCAACACAAAGACUAACCAGGCUGAGGAUCAACUGGGAAAUGCAGGAACGACUGCCAAUGAUGCCAAGGGAAAAGCCAGCGAAGCAAAUGCUAUUGCCAAAGAUGUUCUGAAGAGGGCUGUCAAAUCUUUAGAUGAUGCAGAUGAUAUAUUAACUGAUACGAGGCUGUUGGAUGAAGAGGUGGAAGAUAUGAUUGAGCAGCUGAAAGGUGUGCAGACUGAUGUAGCAAAUAAACAGAGAUUUGUGGAUGGAGAUGCGGUGGUGGCAGAGAUGGUUGCAGACACUGUAAUUGAUGCCGACAUGAAUAUAGCAAGUGCAAAGGAUUCCAUAAGGAAAACAAUGGAUUUGAUAAACAAGUUACUGCUUUCUAUGGGUAACUCAGCCAAGAUUGACAUGACUAAGUUACAACGUAUAGAAGAUUCCCUUCAGAUCACCAAAGAUCAAUUGAUCAAUGAACUUAUGUUGAAUCAACGACAUUUGGAGGAAGCCACCAGACAGCAAAAAGAAGCAAUAGCAGCUUUUGAUCGAGACAUUGAGGAUAUCCUUGGAGAUAUUAAAAACCUAGAAAACAUUAGAGACACUUUACCUCAAGGAUGCUACAACACUGCAGCCGUUGAACUGCCCUAAUUCCUUAGCAUUCUCCCAUAGAAGCUGUACCGCUAAUAUUAGUUAUAAAAAAUUUCUAUUUUUAAGGAAAAAACUUUGCAAACCUACAUUUUAUGCAACAUUUUGCCAGCAUCAGACACACAGAUAAAAUAUGAACACAGCAGCAGUCUUUGCAAAAAUAAUUACUUUUAUACCCAAAUUUGACUAAAUCAGAUGUUAAUACCAGCAGGCCCUUUCUGUUAUUUAUUCUUUGUUGCAUUAUCUACUAUGGUGCUAACUUCACAGUAUCCCCACUCAUACCUAACUAGCUUGCAACAAGAAGCUAAAUACUUAAUUUAUUUUCAAAAAUGAAGUCAGUUAUUAAAAUACUGGACCAGAUAAUCAUGAACUAUUUUUCAAAUCUAUAAAAUGCUGCAACAUUGCAAGUUAUAGUUUACCAUUACUGGGCCUGUAUGAAGUUCUAUUUAAAAAAAGGCAACACACAGCAGUAUUAAAAACAAAAAAAAACUGCGGAUGCUGGAAAUCCAAAACAAAAACAGAAUUACCUGGAAAAACUCAGCAGGUCUGGCAGCAUCGGCGGAGAAGAAAAGAGUUGACGUUUUGAGUCCUCAUGACCCUUCGACAGAACUUAGUUCUGUUGAAAAGCAGUAUUGAUUGUUUCAUUGCCAUACCUUGGCAUUGAUUCUGACACCAUCAUUAAUAUUUGAAAUCUGUUUCUUUCUGCAGUGGCAUAAAGUCAAUAUAUGUCCCAUAUAAUAUAAUUUUAGUGUCCUUUGCAUCAUUUGUGUAGAAUUGGCAGUUAUUGUGUGCUGCCUGUGUGAAUCAGUACUAAACAGUAAUUUAACAAGGGCAAAAAAACUAGAAAACUGCUGUCUAUGUUGUUCAUGGAUUGAGCUGAGGCAUUGACUAGUUCAGGUGGAAGGGAGGGGAAGAGAUAUCAGUCAAGGUCAGUCAAUCUUGAUCGUUACUUAUAUACAGAUAUCAGAUAAGGAGACCUCCUAUGGGUGGAUUGCACUAAUGACGUUCACUGUCUAAACUGACACAUGAAGAAUAGCCACUUAAGUGAAUUACUGGAAAUCUGCUGGUUCCUAAUGAACCAAAUGAAAUUCAGUCCCUCCUGGAGAGAACAAAGCAACAUUGGAGUGGGAUAGAGAAAUUAUAAGAAAGGAAAACUAGGUGAAAAUCUUCUGUAUUCAAUUUAAAUGCUACUGAUUAAACCUAAUGUAGAUUGACCGCUCCUAUUAUCAAUCCUUGUUCAAAGGGUUUGUUUGGUUUUUAAAUUUGUGAAAUUGUAUAGAAAAUAACCACUCUUAAAAUUGGUUUAGGUACUUUUUGAACAUAUAAAUCUUAGCUGGUGUAUGUCCUCGAGCAGCUUUCUGAGAUUUUAAGCCUUCAGCGCCACAUGUAGAUUUGGUGGUGUGUUGAUCUCUAUAUUUCACCCACCAACCUGGUUUCUCCCUAUUCAUUUUCUCCUUCUCUCAAAGGCAAAGCACACACAUUUCAGUCUGGCCUUCUGCACUUUGUACAGGAUUGUAUGCAGCUACAAAAUGAACUCCUAGCUGAGAUCAAGUAAUAGAGAUCAAACCAAAUUAUAUUAUGGAAGAAGGAGUUAAUGCUUUACUUCAACAGUGGUUGUGGAACAGAAAUCAUAGGCAAGGAAAUCCAGCCCUACAAUAACUAAAAGCUGGUAUGUUAUCUAACAUACCUGUAUUCAGACAGAUCAGAAAAUGACAAUGACCUGUAAAACAUGUUUCAAAUUGACAUACCUGUAUGAGUUCAGUUCUGUUUGGGAAUUUAGUUUCUAUUUAUCAGAUCUUUAAUAUGUGCAGAUUCACCCAGAAAUAAUGUAUUUUGCUUAUUUUCACCAGUUAUCAUUUGUUAAUGAAAAAUCAGUGCUUAUUUUUUGCCAGAGAUUAUGAGGCUCAAUGUUGGAUAAAAAUAGAUGGAGAACUGUUCUGUCAAAGUUUGGUCACUGAAUUUAAUUAGGAACAUAGGAAUUGCUUGAUGUAAAAAGAUACCUAGUUUGCCGUCCUGAUAUAACAAUAAUUGAGUUGAUAAUUAAUUAUAGCAAUCAAUCUUUUAUCUAUCUAUAACAAAUCUUGAACUAACACGAGGAAAACCCAAAUGGUGGAGUACUUUGGAAACCAAAAAUCCAAAGCUACCUUUCCCCCGCAAGCACAGAUAGAAAAAAAAUCUCAUAAUAAAUUUGAAGAGGAGUUUUGCUUUUUAUGUGGAACAAAUUCUAAAAGAUCCAGCAUGUGCUUAUGCUGCCAUCAAACCAUUGAUGUUAUGUUUUGUUCAGAUUUCCAGGGCUUUGAUACAGUUUUUGGUCUUGACGAUAUCCUUCCUGCUAUACUUAAGACAGGAUGGAACUACUGAAAAUAUGACAAUUAAGUGUUCAGUAGCAAGGAAAUAACAGGAGGUUUGGUUGGAGGGGUGGGUAAUGAAUUGUAUGGUAGAACCAUUGUAGAUGCUUUCACAAUGUGUUUAUGAUGUUGCCAUCCACAUUGACAAGAGCUUUUCCUUCCUUGCCAAUAUUGAAUCAUUUGGCAUCCACCUGCCAGUAGAUCUUCAGAGCCUUAGUUUGGAAAGGAAGCACAAUUACUAUUAUAUGUGAUUGAAGAAAUUGCAGAGCUACAGAAAAGACCAGAGGAACGGGGCUAACUGGAUAGCUCUUUAUAAGAGCCAGCACAGGCAUGCUGGGUCAAAUGACCUUCUUCGGUGCUGCGUCAUUUUAUUUUUAAGAGCUGGAUUUUUACUCAGAGCUGGGAAGGGAGUGGGGGAACUAGAUUGGGGCUGGGAAACCAGAGUAAGUUUCCCUCAGGCCCUACUGAAUUUAUUUUCUCUGAUCCCAACCGAUUGAGAGGCUGGCUAGCUGACAGGCAGAUAGACCUUCGGCAGCAGGAUUAUAGAGGAGGGAGUGAGGGAUCAGAGGCCAGGAUACAGGUGUGGUUGCGAGAUCAGAGGCCUGCAAGAUUGGAGGCUUGGGGUUGGAUUGGAAGAUUGGAGGUCUGUGGGAUCAGAAAUUGGGGUGAGGUGAUUUGGACAAUUGAAGGCCUAGGGGCGAGACCGAAGGCCUCAUCAGGAUGAUCAGAAGGGUUGUGCAGAGUGUCCAAUUGUAGGGGGUUGGCAAUGCAUGCACACUGAAUCCAGCAGGUAAGUAGAAAGCCACCUCUCCCCUGGGUCCAACAACCCUCACCUUCCUUUAGCUGUUGGGUUUCCAGAGGCCAAGAAAACCUGGCCAACCAGAGUUAAAUUUUAAUUGUGGACCAAUCUAAUGCUACCCACCUCAUUAUAAAAUUUGUUACACCUGCACUCCACUCACAUCUUCCAUCACCCCACCUCCAUUAGAGCCAGAAGUGAGCUAGUUGGAGGAGGUUUGGAGUCACGGUUCAGAUUUUUAACACUUUAACCUUCCACCCGACCCAAACCACCAGUUCCUUGGAUUUAAAAUCCCCCCUUUCCAUAAAUUAUUCAAAAGACUGAAAUCACUGCAAGAUGCAAUGUGUAUUUGUGGCCAUUUCCUUGACCUCAGCCUGUGUCCAAGGGGAUUGUGCCAGAUGAAAUCCGUACAUUUUUUUUAUUUAGCAACUGACUUCAUGAAUUCAGCAUCUUGAUUGUUGAGCCUAAUCUUUUUUAUUCAAUAUGAUUUGCUAAUUUAAGAAUACACAAAACAGUCCUUUUUAGAAAUGCUCUUGGAUACAUUAUAGCCUUUCACAGCAUUAAGCUCACACCUUAUAUUAACAUUCAUAUUCUAUUCACAUCACACAACCUCAAUCAUCAGGCCAACCUUAAAAUAUUGCUAGGAAGCAUUUCUGUCUCUUGGCUGAUUUGGUGUGCUUGAGGUUAUGAAACUUGUUAAUAGACUCUUGAAAACAGAAUGAACACAGAAUAUGAUAAAAUCAAAGUGAUUUGACCUCAUGGGCUGCACACCAAUGAAAUUGUGUAGUAUCGAACUAAGUAAAACAUGCAUUAUUUUAGUACCUGUUCGCACCCCCAGGAUGUCUCAAAGUGCUUUAUGACCAAGGGAUUAUGCUCAAAGUGGGUGCACUGUUCUACGCAGAAAGCAAGAAUAAGAAACUGCUGCAAGAAUCUAGAUAUUUACACAGACAUGUUUAUUUGUUAGGCACCCAUGUCCAUAUUCUGUAUCAAGUUUGAAAAGGCUGGAGUUUAUUCUCCUCCAGUACUAUUCCUUUUGGACGAACAUACGAAAUAGGAGCAGAAGUAGGCCAUUUCGACCCUCGAGUCUGCUUCGCCAUUCAAUAAGAUCAUGGCUGAUCUGUUUGUGUUUUGAUUUCCACAUUCCCAUCUA